AUGGUUAAAACAAGAGCGGGUAGUAAACCACAACCAUUGAACAAAAAUAUUAAUUUAUCUUCACCAAGAAUACAAAAAGUGAACAUACAGUCACGGAAGACUAUUAUUGCACAAGUGAACUUAAAUUCACAAGAAUUCUUAACGAGCUCAACUUUACAUUUACAGAAGCAAGAGUCUCGUCCACGAAACAAUUCGCAG